AACAGACACCAAGCGGAUUGUCCGAGGCGCCGGGAGCGCACUUUUACACCGGCUAGGCACUUUACGAAAUGCUGCCGCAGCACGGCCGCGGAUUGGCUGUGCGCAGAGUCUUGCCGCAAAUCAAGUCAGGGGUCGCUCUCCAGGGAUUUGAACAGUGAUGGACAGCUGUUGGACAUUGAUUUGGCGUAGCUGUUGACGGAGGAUUGAACGUGCGGUAACACAGGUUUUUUUUUCCUUUUUCUUUUUUUUAACCAUGGACCAAGAAGCUGUCUUUUGUGGCUUUCAGAGGAGGAGGAGGAGCGGCUGAGUUCUCUCCUCAGCUCAGUGCAAGUGUGAGAGAAUCGUGAUGCUGAUUUUUGGCCAAACGUGAGGCUCCCGCUGCCGAGCGGGCUUAAAUGUUUUGUCGGUACAGGUGCAGCAAGAUUUGACUGGACAGGAUCGGAGUUGUCACCAUGGCAUUCACCUUUAUAUUGCAUCCCACCUCCGUCUUUUCUGUCUACAAACCGCUGCCAAGAAUACAGGAAACAUGUCUACAGAUGUAACGGAUUCGCGGCGAAUUGAUGCUGCUGUGCUAUGAUCUCUGGGGACUAUCCGAGUUGUGUAAUGGUUUUAUUCCGUUUACAGCACAAGCUGUGCAUCCUCCGCGGAUGAUAGCUAAUUGGGCCCAAUGAUGUAGAGCCAAAUCCACCUGGAUCUAAUGUUCCCUCCUCUCGUGGCUCCCCUGUGACUUUUGCGCAUGUUCAAUUGUUUUUAUUCCCAGAGCUUUUCACCAUUCCCGGUUAUUGCUUUUGGUCAUUCCAUUUAAUUUAAAAAGCUUUUAGGAUGAAUGUUUGCUUUUAAAAGUGGCGAUUAAACCGUUUACUAACAUUUCAGAUUUAAAGUGCUCUGGCUGUUUGAACCGUCACCAGCUAUGGAAAGUUCAACUAAUAACAGUCAUUUAAUGCACCUCAUCCCAGGGACUAAAUAGUUCUCUUCCUACUUUUCAGUGGAACAAAACUUUUUCCUGUUGCGUAUAUUUGUUUAGAUAAAAUUCUGUCAUUGCGUCCAGUUUUCCACAAUGUCCAGAUCAAACAGUGUCAGCCCACCCGGAGUCGGUGCGCCCGGGUUGAGGGGAGGGACCGAGCACAGAUCAGCUUGGGGAGAGUCUCAGUCUGUGGCCAACGGGUGCCCAUACUCGGCCAGAUCCCCGCGCAGAAAGCUCACCCGGACCAACAGCCGGUGGAAGGAGGAGGAUGAGCUGGACCACCGGCAGCCCGGGCGAGCCUCCGCGACCGUCAGCAGGGUCAGCUUUAGGUCCAGGUCGGCUUGGCAGGACCAUGGAGAGGAGAGCCGAGACAAUAACCGCGCGUCCAUUAAACGUCCAGACGGCGAGGUGAGACCCAAGUCCGUGGAGCUGGGUCUGGAAGAGCGGAGAGCCAAGCCUAAGACCGACGAGGAAGAGGUCAUGCCCGAAGUAAACUUUUCCUUCGUGGCGUGCUGCACCAGCGUCAUGCACAUUUUUAAAUCCAAAAAAUUCCAGUCCGAGAAGUUGGAGCGGCUCUACCAGCGCUACUUUUUCCGUCUCAACCAGAGCAGUUUGACUAUGCUCAUGGCAGUACUUGUACUGGUGUACACGGUCAUGUUGGGCUUUCACUGCUCCGGUGGGACAAUAGGGCCGAGCGUAACGUAUGUGGUGGUAUUCUCUGUGGCCAUCUUCCUCACACUCGUACUCAUGGUGAUCUGCAACAGGAACGGAUUUCACCAGGACCACAUGUGGGUCGUGUGCUAUGUGGUCAUCCUGGUGGUGCUGGUGAUCCAAGUGAUCGGAGUACUGCUUGUACGGCCCAGAAGUGCCUCGGAGGGGAUCUGGUGGACCGUGUUCUUCAUCCAUGUCAUCUACACUCUGCUUCCCGUCAGGAUGCGCGCCGCGGUCAUCACUGGAGUUAUUCUUUCCGCCAUCCACGUGGCCAUUUCUUGGAUGUUAAACGGAAUCGACAGCUUUCUGUGGAAACAGAUAGUGUCCAACGUGCUGAUCUUUUCCUGCACCAACAUUGUGGGAGUGUGCACCCAUUACCCCGCCGAGGGCUCCCAGAGGCAGGCCUUUCAGGAGACCAGGGAAUGCAUCCAGGCUCGCCUCCACUCCCAGAGGGAAAAUCAGCAGCAGGAACGUCUGCUGCUCUCAGUACUUCCUCGCCACGUUGCCAUGGAGAUGAAAGCUGACAUAAACGCUAAGCAGGAAGACAUGAUGUUUCACAAGAUCUACAUCCAAAAGCACGACAACGUCAGCAUCUUAUUUGCAGACAUUGAGGGUUUCACCAGUCUGGCAUCCCAGUGCACAGCACAGGAGUUGGUGAUGACUCUCAAUGAACUGUUCGCCCGCUUUGACAAGUUGGCAGCGGAGAACCACUGUCUGCGGAUCAAGAUUUUGGGAGACUGCUACUACUGCGUGUCUGGUCUGCCAGAGGCGAGGGCCGACCACGCCCACUGCUGCGUGGAGAUGGGGUUGGACAUGAUUGAGGCUAUCUCGCUGGUACGGGAGGUGACUGGGGUUAACGUCAACAUGCGAGUGGGCAUCCACAGUGGCAGAGUGCACUGUGGGGUGCUGGGGCUCAGGAAGUGGCAGUUUGAUGUCUGGUCCAAUGAUGUCACACUAGCAAAUCAGAUGGAAGCUGGGGGCAAAGCGGGGCGUAUCCAUAUAACUAAAGCCACUCUGAAUUAUCUGAAUGGGGACUACGAUGUGGAACCGGGAACAGGAGGAGAAAGAAAUGCCUACCUGAAGAAGCACAACAUAGAAACCUACCUCAUUGUGGGCUGCAGUCAGAAAAGGAAAGAGGAAAAGGCCAUGAUUGCCAAAAUGAGCCGACAGAGGACCAACUCUGUCACCCACAACAGCGGACACUGGACAGACCGACCCUUUUACAACCAUUUGGGUGGACGCCAGAUCUCCAAAGAUUUGAAGAGGAUGGGCUUUGAAGACCCCAAAGAUAAAAACACACAGGAAAACCUAAACCCAGAGGACGAGGUGGACGAGUUUCUGGGCCGGGCCAUCGACGCGCGCAGCAUCGACCGCCUGCGCUCGGAACACGUCAAGAAAUUCCUGCUCACCUUCAGAGAGCCUGACCUGGAGAAAAAGUACUCCAAACAGGUGGACUCCAGGUUUGGGGCUUACGUGGCCUGCGCCUCCCUCGUCUUUCUCUUCAUCUGCUUCAUCCAGAUUGUCAUUGUGCCACCCUCCAGACUGAUGAUCGGCUUCUUCAUCACUUGCCUCAUUAUCCUGACGGCUGUUAUGUUCAUCUCAGCUGUGUACUGCUGUUUCGGGAUCUUCCCAGUGCCUCUGCAGACUCUCUCCAAGAGAAUAGUUCAGUCUAGACUAAACAGCACCUUGGUUGGUGUCUUCACCAUCAUCAUCGUCUUUCUUUCUGCUUUCAUCAAUAUUUUCACCUGCAGCAGCCAUGACCUGCGGAGUUGCAUCAGAGCGCAGCUCAACAUCAGCCUGGACAGUGUCAAUGCCUGCCAUGCUCACUUCCUCAACUACAGCCUAGACACACAGCGCAGCCCCUGUGGAGAUGAUGACCUCAUCUGCAGCUUUCCAGAGUACUUCUCGUCCUGUGUGCUGCUGAGCCUGCUGGCCUGCUCCGUCUUCCUGCAGGUCAGCAGCAUUGGUAAACUCUUCCUCAUGCUUUUCAUCGAACUCCUCUACCUUCUCAUCAUGGAGGUGCCCAAAGUGAGCCUCUUUGACAACCAGGACCUGCUGGUCAUGGCCAAUGUUGUUGAGCACAUGAAUGGAACAAGCUGUGUGGUAGACACCAAGGUUCCUCUGAAGAUCAUGACCCCAGUGGUGAUCACAGUCUUCGUCCUUGCCCUCUACCUUCACGCCCAGCAGGUAGAGUCAACGGCAAGGCUUGACUUCCUGUGGAAGCUGCAGGCCACAGAGGAGAAGGAGGAGAUGGAGGAACUGCAGGCCUACAACCGGCGUCUGCUCCACAACAUCCUUCCCAAGGAUGUGGCCGCUCACUUCCUGCAGCGUGAACGCCGGAACGACGAGCUCUACUACCAGUCGUGCGAGUGUGUUGCAGUUAUGUUUGCCUCCAUUAGUAACUUUUCCGAGUUCUAUGUCGAGUUGGAGGGCAACAAUGAGGGAGUGGAGUGCCUGCGACUGCUUAAUGAGAUCAUCGCUGACUUUGAUGAGAUUAUCAGUGAGGAUCAGUUCCGCCAGCUGGAGAAGAUCAAGACCAUCGGCUCCACGUACAUGGCGGCCUCUGGCCUCAAUGACUCCACUUACGACAAAGUUGGGCGGUCACACAUCCGUGCUCUUGCGGACUACGCCAUGAGGCUGAUGGACCAGAUGAAAUACAUCAAUGAACAUUCGUUUAACAACUUCAAGAUGAAAAUAGGUCUUAACAUUGGCCCAGUGGUGGCUGGGGUGAUAGGAGCGAGGAAGCCUCAGUACGACAUUUGGGGGAACACGGUAAAUGUGGCGAGUCGCAUGGACAGUACAGGUGUACCAGAGAGAAUCCAGGUGACCCCAGAGCUGUACCAGGUACUGAACUCCUAUAACUACACACUGGAAUACAGAGGAGUGGUCACAGUAAAGGGCAAAGGAGAGAUGAUGACUUACUUCCUCACCGGUGGACCUUCCAGCAGUUAACCCACACUAAGUGACAGACACAAGGGGGGUUAUACGCCUUAUGACAUAAUAAGUGGGCUUAGGACGGCCUGAGAUUGACCUUUUCUCGCAGCACUGAACCCUUCUUGAACCUGAGGCCGUAAAGGAUGAGAAAUAUUCAUCCCAGAGCCCAGCCUGUGGAGGGAGACGAUGAGCGGGAGAGGCCUUGCUAUGAAUCUGCCGUUGAGACCAAAGAUGUUCAGUCAGAGCGUAAAGACAGAUUUUUGGCCAGCUGCGUGAGUCUGGGUCCUGAAGGAAAAAUGUUCAAUAAGAAAUUUGAUUUGCUUCAAUCAGCCCCAUCUUCCGAAGGGUUUUUGGACAAACCUGUGGGAGGACAUAAGCUGUGUUACCUCCUCUCUUUCUCUGCCUUGCUCCUGCUGAAGUAUAUACAGUAUGUACAUGUAAAACACAGACAGUUUUAUGUGUAUGUAUAGGAUUUUAUGUACGGUUUGUAAAACCUUUUGUCCAUGUUGUGAUGCAGGUUCAAACUCUCAAGUAUGGACACUAAGCCAGCACUGCUGCACUAUCCGUCCUUGUAUCAUUAUCUAAUCGCAUCAGUAAUUAACAGAUUUACGGAGGACAUUGUCUUUAUUGCUGAAGACUGUGUCCUGCAGGUCACCAGGUUUCCUGAGGUUAUAUGGAUUUCCUUUUACAACAGCAGAAAGAAAACACUGCACAGUGUUUGCAGAAAGCUUACCCAUCAGAUGUGCAAAAUUACAACCUCAGUAGUAUCAACAGCAUACAUAUGUGUGUAUAUAUAUAUUCACAAACACACAAAACAAAGAGGAUGUCAGCGAAGAGCUUUUUCUAAUCUUCAACGUUUUCUAUUUUGACUUCAGAACACAAACCCUAUGAGAUAUAUUAAGAUUCUAUAUUUUGUACAUGAAUAUAUUAGAGAACUAUAUAAACUCCAGUGUGUAUUCAGAUGUACAUACUGUAUAACUCAUGUUGGGAUUUCAGAAGUCCUCACUGGUGUUGCCUGAUAUUAGCACUGAGUCACAGCUAAUAUACCGUUUAGCUUUAGCCUAUCACCGCUCCCGAAUGCCCUCUUUUUUUGGCCCUUUCUUCGCAUGAAGCAAGUUUCAAACCGAGUGAGGCGGCACUUUGGAUGACGAACCAGAGGAUGGACACGCAUCAGCCUUGGUGCUCAAAAGCCAUUUUUUUUGCACUCCGGUGCUUUCAGCCGUCCACCUCUUUGGGCUCUGCUCCCACAGCUCCCCGCUGGCUUGCUCAAUCAGAUGGUACGACCCAAUGAAUGUCCAAUGAUCUCCGACGAGGCCUUUAAUAUGGACUCUGUACUGACAACGGUGAUGAUGCUCAUCCUGUGGACAGGGACAGAUAAGCGCAUGUGGACAUGUGCCCCAUUAUCUGCAGUUUUCUUUCCUUAGCAGAGCAGUUCUCUUCAGUAUUACAUCUUUAUUCAGUGUGCCAUCAGACAAACUGACCUGGCUGUCUCAUAGACUCAAGUGAUUUUUAAUAUUACCAAAUACUUUGCUUGGUUUAGUUUGUUUUGGCUGUCAUGGGAAUAAGUAAACAUCUUGAGAGAAUGUCAAGUUUUCACCUGAGAAUACUGAACAACACAGAAAAUUUUAGAGCUGAGAUCAAAGGAUAAGGCUAGCAGACUAUAUAUAUAAAAAAAUGGACGCAAGCAUGUGUGACCUCACCCAUUAGUUUGUGAAGUAUUGUUAAACCUUGAGCUAAGUGUUUAGAGGUCGCUGGGGGUGGAUCUCACCGAGAAGCACUGUACAUUUAUCUGGUAGCAACUUGUACAUCACAAGGUAGCCCCGCCCUAAACCAUGCUCUGCUUUAUUGUCCUUUUUGACUCUAACGAGAGGUCAGUUUACAAACUGAAUAUUAUGCUGUAUUCGAACACUUGAAACUAGCAAUCAAGACCAUAAACUAAUUAGGAAAAUGCUUACAGAGGUCGCAGAUAAGAGAAACCUAAUGGCUGUUUUUCCAUAGAUUUUUAUAAAAACCAAGCUGAUUUUGGUAACCAGAGUCGCCCCCUGCUGGCCAUUAAAUGCACGUUUAAGGCACUAAAACUGCAUCGGCUUCAAUUUUCAGUCCAUACUUUAUAUAGAGUCCAAUAUAAUUUGAUAUUAUUAUUAUUACCACUGUCAGCAGAUCUCAGAAAAAGAGCAAAAUGAACAUUUUAAGUAAUUCCUGCAAUAUCUUCUCCAUUUGCACCUUGUGGAAAACAAACUGAAUUUGUGCAUGAAUUUUGUAUCAAACUAGUUAUUUAAUACACACGUGGUAUGUUAGGCAAGUAAGUAUUUACAGCAUUAGGAUGCUGUAUGUGGAAGCAAAAUGAACUGCAAUCUAUGGACUUCAAACUGUGCCAUCUGAGUAAUUAGCCUUAGCUUCUAUUUAAAUCCUGCAUAUUAAUAAAUUAAUUUGAUACUGCUAUCAGAAAUUAAUAAAUUUGGACACUUUCCAUUAAAAAUAAGAAAUGGAGAGUUGAAUGUGAAAAGAUCAUGUUGUCAUGUAGUCUGACCAAUCAGAGCUCUGCUGCCACUCAGUGGGCGGGUUUUAAGUUUGUGGAAACUGUAAACGUUUAAGCUGGAGCCAAAUAUUUUUGGCAGUCACAUCAAUAAUUGUAAUUACUAAAGUGCAGUUUAAGAGCAUUUUAAAAAAAAAUGUAGCAAUAUUGUUUAAAGUCAGAAUGAGGUAAUCAAUUACUUAGCACCAGUAUUUCAUGAUAGUUCUGAGUAUGUAAUGAAUGAAACACGUGCAAAUGAAACAAGUUAUUAAACACGAUCGACUUGUUUCAACCUAUUAAUUUAUUUUAAUUUGAAACUGAAAUUGUUAUUUAUGGAAUAGCUGCAAGAAUGAGCCUCACUGACUUUUGCUUUUGAAGGAGCCGCAGGGCACAGAGGAAUACUAGGUAGCAGGAUUUUACUCCACGGAAAAUACUUGUCAGCAGGAUUACUGAAUUUACUGAAUUUUGGUCUCUUCAUUGGAUUUUGUUGACAGUGAAAAAUAUUAGCACCAGCCUUAUCCUUUGAAUUUCAUUCCCGUAUGAAGAGUAUGACAGAAAAUGGCACUAUGAUUUUUGAGCCUGUGGAAUAUGGAGGGGGCGAAAUGCCUGCACUGGUGGUUUUUAUCUUUAUUAAUGUACUGUACUGCUGCAACCAUUAUCUUCACACACCCCUGCUAAAACCUGUAGGUGUCAUCCCACUUGGUUAAUUGAAUGCAGUGCCAUUCUACACCCAUGUCAUCCCCUCUUUCUACUGUUCAUUGUGCAUGAAUGUGCCAUUAGGGAACACAAUGGGGGUUGGAGAGGCACAGAUCAGAGAUGAGGGGGUGUAGCUACGAGGUGCCCGAGUGGAUCCAUUCUUAAAAGGUACAGCAAUCUCACUGGUGGCAGUGUCUGUGACACAAAUGGCUUCAAAGACAAAACUGUGGAUUGUUUUUGUUGCCAUGCUGAACAUUAUGCUUAUUUUUUUUUUAAACAGUAAAAUAAACUGCUGAGAUGUUUCACAUGUA